AGGGGGUUAACUGGGAAGCAGGGGGGAAAAUCGCCUUUGAAAGCAAAACAGCAGCAGGUUUGCAGGCAGAAUCGCAGUGAGCACACAGACGAGAGUGAGAGCGUUCGCCAGACACAAACAGCCUGUGGAAGGAAAAGCACUAGUCACCACACCCAGCCCAGAGACAGCAGCUUCACAGCAGUGUGUGUGUGAGAGAGAGAGUGAGCGAGAGAGUGCCUUUGUCACACCCACUGCUGAGGUUGUGUAUGGCCUCAGCAGUGUGUGUGGGAGACAGAGCAAGAGAGUGCCUUUGUCACACCCACUACCGAGCUUGUGUCUGACCUCAGUGGUGUGUGUGCUAGUAAGAAUCUGAUGGAGGCUAGAGAGCAGGUGGAGGAGCGGGUGGAGGAGCAGAGACCCGGGGAGCUGCACAGCUCCCGCCCACUGUCAGCACUGCAGGAGCAGCUGGUCUGGUCCCUGCUGGGUUCCGGGCUCAGCCGGGACGUUCUGCUGCAGGCCAUGGGCGAGCUGGAGAGGAAUCGAGCCGAGCAAACUCACCGGGCUGACGGAGAGAGCUCCGAGGAGGGAGAGAUGGACUACCCGCCCCCCAUCUACCGGGAGCUGGAGAAGCUCCCUCCAGAAGAAGCAGCCAGGCAGAGGGCACAGGUGGAGCAGCUGCUGCAAGAGGACCCGUGGAGGGUGGCGAAGGUAAUAAAGAGCUACAUGCAGCAGCACAACCUUCCUCAGAGGGAGGUGGUGGAGUCCACAGGGCUGAACCAAUCUCACCUGUCACAGCACCUGAACAAGGGCACACCCAUGAAGAACCAGAAACGCAGCGCCCUCUACAGCUGGUACGUGAAAAAGCAGGAGGAGAUCAGCCAGCAGUUCACCAAUGCCAGCCGGGGGGUGGUGUCAGGGGAGGAGCCAGGGGAGGAUUGCAGAAAGGGGCGGAGAAACCGCUUCAAAUGGGGUCCAGCAUCCCAGCAGAUUCUGUUCCAGGCAUAUGAGCGUCAGAAGAACCCCAGCAAAGAGGAGAGGGAGGGGCUAGUGGAAGAGUGCAACCGAGCAGAGUGCUUGCAGAGGGGAGUGUCUCCAUCACAGCUGGCUGGGCUGGGCUCGAACCUUGUCACAGAAGUGCGUGUCUACAACUGGUUUGCCAAUCGGCGUAAAGAAGAGGCUUUCCGACACAAACUCGCCCUCGACACACCUUACAGCAGCCAAUCAGCAUCCGGCCCUGUACAGACGCUUCCAUUCAGCCCCACACAAGGUGUGAAGUUUCCUCAGCCUGUAGUUUGUGAGGGCUUAGGGGUAGUGCGCAGUAGUGGUGAAGGAGACAGGACCAGUGAGGAUCACCUGGAAAACAGUCCAGUCCAGCUGGAGCCCAGUCAUACACUACUGGACACACCACACCACAAACCAGUUUCGGGUGGAGGCCCUCUGCCCCCUGUCAGUACCUUCACCUCCUUGCAUGGCGUCUCCAGCUCUUCAACACAGGGACUCAUUAUGGCCACCUUACCCAGUGUCAUGAGCAUAGGAGACUCCUCUCUGCUAAUAGGUCUCACACCCACUCAGCCGCAGGCGGUUCCUGUAAUCAACAACGUCGGAGGCGGGUUCACCACACUUCAGCCAAUCUCCUUCCAGCAGCAGCUACACGCUUCACCUCCACAGCCAAUCGCGCAGCCGCUGCAGGGCCCCAUCCCACCCAGCUCCUUCAUGGCCACCAUGGCACAGAUGCCCUACCACAUGUAUGGUAAAACAGAUCUGGCCUCAUAUGCGCCCUCCAGUCUCCUGUCUCAGGCUAUGGUCAUUGCUGAUAGCAACAGUAUAGGAACUCUCACCAGCCUCACUACAGUUCGACAGACUCUGAGUUCGGAUCCUGAGGAGCACACACACACACCCAUCCAGGAGGAGUCAUUACACCUGCAGUCCAGCUCUCCUGUACCAGUGUCCUCAGGUGGCUUGGAACUUUACUCCCAGACCCAGGCCAGCGACACGCACAAUACUGUCCACCUGCUCACAUCCCCACCGCCAAAUAUCGACCCCUACAUCCCAGCACAGAUGGUCUCUACCACACAAUAGCAGCAGCCACCACCAAAAUACCAUUAAUGCCUAGUAGGCAGGGGACUCAGCAGAUUGAGGCUUGAUGUCUUUGUGUGUGUGUGUGUAAAGUGGGAUUCACUGAUACGUCUGCCAGGAGCUUCCAGAUCUCUAUGGAUGACGAUGGCACAAGGAUUUAGUUUGAAGCCCAGUGCUCAUGACAGAAUGAAGUUCAAAAUAUGUUUCAAGGUGUAUGACUGCAGCAGCUACAACAGACAGCUGUUACCAUGAGUGUUAGGGUUAGUCCUAAGCCUAACCAUGAAUAUUCAGGUUAGUCCUAAACCUAAGCAUGAUUGAGGAUUAGGGGAGUACCUCUCCUAAAAGUGUCUUGAUUGAUUGCAUUCAGUGAG